AUGAGAAUUGAAGGCCGCACAUUUGUCAUCUCAGGCGGCGCCUCUGGAUUGGGCCGCGCUGUUGCCGAAGACCUCCGUCAGCACGGAGCUGCGGUGGCGCUGCUGGAUCGCAAUGAGGAAGACGGCCGUGCAGCGGUCGAGGAGUUAGGCGGAGGCGACAAUGCCCACUUCUUUGCCGUAGAUGUGACCAACACAGCGAGCAUCGCCACAGCCGUUGAGGGAAUUGUUGACUGGGUGGGGGCCACAGGCAAGCCUCUCGGCGGCGUUGUGCCGGCAGCAGGGGUCGGCUUCCCGGGCCUCCUUCUCGACCGCAAGCUGGAGCCGCUGUCGCUGGACAGCUUUGACUUUGUGCUCAACAUCAACCUGCGUGGAACAGUCGACCUGGUGCGGCAGGUGGUCCCGUACCUGGCGGGUGCUAAGGGCAAGGAUGGUAAGCCCGUGGGGGCGGCAGAUGGCCCGGACGGUGAGCGCGGUGUGGUUAUCAUGGUGGCCAGCGCGGCCGCUUUCGAGGGCCAGAUGGGACAGGUUGCGUAUUCGGCUUCCAAGGGCGCGGUGGCCUCCAUGACGCUGCCCAUGGCCAGAGACCUGUCCCGGCAUGGCAUCCGCGUCGUCACUAUCGCGCCGAGCAUGUUCGACACCAGUAUGACGUCCGUCAUGACCGACAAGGUCCGGGAGAGUCUUCUGAAGAGCAUGGAGUUUCCGAAGCGCCCCGGGAAGCCCAACGAGUUCGCCAUUCUCGCGAGGCAGGCCAUCGAAAACACCAUGCUGAAUGGCGUUGUCAUCCGGUUGGAUGGUGCGAGCCGCAUGCCGAGCCGACUGUGA